CAGUAUGUCGUCAGCAGUGGAGGCCAGUAUGUACAACAGUAUUCAGGCCAUCCUCAGAGAGACUGCCUCCUCAUGCAGCAAAGGUAUGCUGAGGUGGACUCUUCAUAAGAAGGUGGAGACCCAUCCAUCUAACAGUGUCUCACUGGUCAAUGUUCUGGUCAAAGAGCUAGAGAAGGUGGAGAGGCUUGACUAUAAGAUGCAUGUCAUUCCAUUGCUUCACACUCUCCACUAUGUUAUUAUUCAGCAGUCUAGCCGCAUUCCAUGUAACCUGUUUCAGAGAGUGUAUGAGUGCUUCAAAAGGCUCCUAACACUUCCAGAGCCCUACUGUACUAUCGCACUGAGAUACACGAGAAGCAUAAAGAUGGAGCAGAUCACACCAGGAGCUUUGUAUCAGAGAAGGGUAAUUGCUGAGCAGAGCCUAAAGAACAAACAUUUUCCCCAGCAGGAAAAGGUAUUUGUGUUUGCAGACCCGGCUGUGUUCUCAGGGCCCCUGUGGCAGGCGGUGAGGGCAGACCUGGUGCUGGCCAGCCCCCAAAGUGACAUACUGGGAAGACGGGUGCUACUGCACACUCUGCAGGCUGGACUGGUGAAUGCCUGUCAUGGUCCCAUACUGACUCAAGCUCUGGAGGAUCUAGGAGAAGAUGUGGAGCAGUACUUCCAGGAGGUGGUGUUAGCUGUAGAGCAGAGUAUAGAGAAUGGCGAGGCCGGCCGUGACCAGUACCAAACCAGGCUACAGCACAUCUACAGUGACAUCCUGACCUCUGCUAACCAAGACCCAAAGGCCGGUGGCUCUUUUUCUAACACUCCAUUGCCCUCGCCAGAGAUUCAGUUCCACCUGUGGACAAACGAAGAGGAGCUGUGGAAUGAGCUGGUGAACUUCACCCUAAACGUUUCCACCUCUGAGCGGAACUCUAUGUACCAGGAGGAGGAAGAGGAGGAUGUUUCUAAGAGGGUUUCCCUCCUGUCUGUUGAUAGUGGAAUAGAGAAGGACCUGUCUGACAUGGAGGAGCGGGAACAGAGGAAUCCAUUCACUCGGUCACGGUCACCGUGUUUCAGAGGGAGAAUGAAGCCAGAAGACAAAAUGGCUCUGGUACAGGAAAACAUCAAGGGGCCCACCAGUAGCACCCCUCUCCCUAAAGAGGAGGGGAACCAUACCGCACGCAUAGUGAUGAUGGGAGACGACAGGGUGCUGGGGAGACUGGCCAAGGUGUAUCACUCCAUCCGAAAAAGGGAGGCAAAACAUCUCAUCUUGACCAAGAGAGUGAACCUACAGAUAUACUACAUCCCUGUCACUGAUGAGCCUAUCGUCAAUUCACCUGAAAGCACAUCACAAGUUGGAGACAGGUUGUCUCUAGCCUCGUUCUUAGGAAGGGUCGAUCCCUGGUACGAAAGCAACAUCAACAGUUUGGGAGCCAUGAUUCCAAAGCUGGCAGGAAUGCAGUCCAGUCACAGCAGGUCAUCAGAACCCAACCACUUCCCUGUGGAUGUCCUCUCCUACUACCUUCGCUGUGGCCUACAGCCUGUCCACUUCACACUCUACUCUGUCAAGAUCUCUGUCUCUGGCCAAACUGGCAGCCCUGUGGACGAGGUGUUUGUGUCCCACCUGGAUGCUGAGUUCCCGGAGUUUAAAACACUCAGAGAAAAUCUAAGACAAGAGAGAUCUAGUAGGCGACGAACAAGGAAGACACAUGGAACCUGUGGAGCGGUGGUUUCUGUGAAUUACAGUAAGGUCUCCUUGAGCAAACAAGAGGUUGUUCAGGGAAUGUCAGUCAUGACAUGUGGAGUGGGCAUCAGUGCAAUAUCAUCCAAUGAAACAGAAGUUCUUGAAUUCCUCACUGUCAAUUUUGACAGUACAAAUCCAAGAUGCUGCACGGAGAUCAGAACCCAAAACAUUAAAAUCAGAAUCCUGGAAGAUAAGACCUUCACUGUCUGUCUGGACAAAGACUGUCGCAGGAAAUACACACAUGUCCAAAGCAUUGAGAUCUCUCCAUGUUUGGAUCCAGGGUAUUGCCUCCAGACAAGUUCCAAGUUCAGUGUGGGAAAGGAGAGGGAGGCGGGGCUGAGCAAAUAUAUGUGCAAGAUCCUGCCUCUGCCAAUCAAUACCUUCACUGGCAUCAACCACUGAAGGGAUUUGAUUAUUUGGCCCGGGCUCCAUUCCGGGCGUGAGCCAGGUGCCCCGCUUUGGCCAAUGGCGAAGUAAGCUAAAAACAAAAGUGACAUUGGUUAUGCACGUGGAGUAAUGAGUAAGAUUCUGUGUUUUCACAUGCAAAAGGGAUUUAUUUUGAUAAAAAAGUGUUUUAUCUGCCUUCCCAAUAAAAUCUAGUUUUAAAAUUCUAACAUAUGUUUUAUGAAAAAGAGAUAUAUGUAUUUUAAUUUUAAUUUUAUUAUGAUCCCCAUUAGCUGUUGCAAAAGCAGCAGCUGCUUUUCCUGGGUUCCACACAAAACAUGACAUAAUACAGAACAUUAAUAGACAAGAACAGCUCAAGCACAGAACUACAACAAAUUAUUAUUUUUUGAACGUAGCCUACAUAUCAGUACAUACACGCAAACUAUCUAGGUCAAAUAGGGGAGAGGCGUUGUGCCGUGAGGGGUUGCUUUAUCUGUUUUUUAAAACCAGGUUUGCUGUUCAUUUGAGCAAUAUAAGAUUAGGGCUCUAUAUAAUACUUUACGCUUUCUUAAAUUUGUUCUGGAUUUUGGGACUGUGAAAAGACCCCUGGUGGCAUGUCUGCUGAGGUACGUGUGUGUAAGUUGACUAUGCAAACAAUUUGGGAUUUUCAACACUUUAAUGUUUCUUAUAAAAAGAAGAAGUGAUGCAGUCGGUCUCUCCUUUAUAUCAGCCCUAUGUGUCACGCCUGCUCCCGCCCCCCCCC